UCUUCGCACAGCAGCUCAUUUUGCAGCCUGCUCACUAAUUAGCCUAUCUCUAUGGCUGUAUGUGUUUCUCUGUGUGGAACAAACCAAACAAGCGCAUCGCUUGAAACCAUUCAUCUCCGCUCUCUCGAGCCGCUGUCAUGGCAACCGUGUAUGACUGGCGCAAAACAGACUGCAGUUCUCUGAGCCGUCCGUCAGCGUGGAUGGUUGAACGCAUUCUUGGAAAGAUGAAGGAAGAAAUCAAGAAAGCACGACAGCCACAGACCGCAAGGGACCCGUUGCUGCAUCCUGUAUAUGUGCCCUUGCUUCACACGAUAAACAAAUACCUGCCGCAGAAAUGGGACAAGGCUGUAUAUGAAAUGCACAGAAAAGGAGUGAAGGCAGCAAAACCGAUAGUAAACACGGGUCCACCAGAGAUAUGUCGUCAUAUGACUCUCAACCAGAAGAAACAUGAGAUUGAAGCUAUGAGAGCGGUGACGAUUCAGAGAGAAAACAACAUACUUAGAGAGAAGAUAUCACAUAUUAUGAGGACACCUGGAAGAGCUGACAACACAAAUUACUAUAUAAAAAAACAACUUGGGAGCAAAAAGCGACAGCUGGAAAUGCUCAGUAUUGCCAAAAAGAAUAAAAAGAUCCAAUUUAGACUGAGCCAAUGCAAACCUUACUAUAGUGUGAGGAGCUGGCACAAGGACUGGCUCAGAACUCUUGAGGUGAUGGAAAGAAUUGCUCACUACCCACGAGACAGAGCAAAUCAGCAAAAGGGACAAGAAAAACCUGACAAGAUGAACAGGAAAUGUGGUAAAGAACAAAAGCAAACCAAAGAUGCAAACACGCGCAGUCCUGCGCAUGCGGGCAAUGAGAAAAAAUGUCAAAGCUGAUUCUGAAGCAAAUGAAAAGAAGGAAACAGCAACAAGGAAGAGGCAACAGGAGCAGAGAUACACAAGGAGUCAGCCCUUAUCUUUAAACCAAAUGCACUACCAGAGAAAGAAAUAUCACCAGAUGUACCCAAGAAUCCUGGUUCCUAAUAAAUAAACAGCCUCAUUGUGUUAAAAAGUCAUUUGCUUUUUGGUGUAUUUAAAAGGUCCAGAACCCCUAAUACACCUAAAAAUAAAAACAUAUACAAUAAAUAAAACU